GAGCGUCGGACGUCUUUCAGCUGACUGAUCAGGUUGUUGACGUCAUGGCGACUGCAGCGCCAGUGUCAGAUGAUCUGCAGCCUUUGAAGCGGAGCAGCAGUUAUGAAUUACUGCCACCUGACAUGUCUGAGCUCAGGGUGGUUCUGCUGGGGAACAGCUGGUCUGAGAGGAGUUCAGUGGGGAACUUCAUACUGGGAGGGACUACGGUCAUCACUGAGGAAGAACCAGACCACUGUGUGACAGUCAGAAGACGGUUGAAAGACAAAGAAAUAGUUCUGAUCCACACUCCAGACCUGCUGCAGCCCAACAUCUCUGAAGACAAACUAAGAGACCAUGUAGAAACCUGUGAGAGACUCUCUGGUCCUGGACCUCAUGUGUUCCUGCUGGUUCUACAGCCUGAAGACUUCACUGAGGAACUCAAAGUGAAGCUCUGCAGAGUCCUGGAACUCUUCGGUGAUCAAUCAUUUGAUCGUUCAUUGAUACUGAUAACACCCAGAGAGGAGAGUUCAGCUCUGAUGGACCAAGACCAGCCCUUAAAGGACCUGAUCACAAAGUGCAGAUACAGAAACCUGAACCAGAAGAACCUUGAUCGUCCAGAACUGGUCACACGUUUGGGUCAAAUUGUAAGAGAUAACAAUGGAGAGCUUGUGAGGUGUGACGUAUCAGAGGAUGAGGGUUUGAUCAGGACACCAAAGUCUGACCACAUGAAGCCGUCUUUAAACCUGGUUCUGUGUGGGAGGACAGGAGCAGGGAAGACUUCAGCAGCCAAGGCCAUUGUAGGUCAGAGAGACCUUCAUUCAGCCUCCAACUCCUCACAGUGUGUUCAACAUCAGGGAGAGGUGAGUGGACGUCAGGUUUCUCUGGUGGAGCUGCCUGCCUUGUGUGGGAAGCCUCAGGAGGAAGUGAUGGAGCAAUCCCUCAGGUGUAUCUCCCUGUGUGACCCUGAGGGGGUCCAUGCCUUCCUCCUGGUCCUACCUGUGGGUCCCCUCAUGGAUGUAGACAAGAAAGAGUUAGAGACCAUCAAGAAGACAUUCGGAUCUCCAGCCAAUGACUUCACCAUAAUUCUGUUCACUGUGGACUUAGAUCCUAAAGCUCCAGCUGUUGUUAACUUUUUACAGGAAAACAAGGAGAUCCAGGAGCUCUGUCAGAGCUGUGGAGGAAGAUAUGUAGUUCUCAACAUUAAGGACCAGCAGCAGAUCCCAGAGCUGAUGGAUUAUGUGGACAAGAUGAGAGUUGAAGGAUCCAGAUGCUUCACAAUGAAGGUGUUCACCAAGGCUCUGAUGGAGAAGGUUUCAAGACUUGAAGCUGAACUGCAGGUUGUGAAACAGAAGACAGAGGGAGGAUGUGAUGUUCAACAUCAGGGCAGAGAGAGUGUCAGGAUGGUGCUGAUCGGGCGGACUGGCAGCGGGAAGAGUGCAACAGGAAACACCAUUUUGGGCCGACAACAGUUUACAUCUAAGGCCAGCUUACGGUCAGUGACCAAGUUUUGUGAGAAAGCAACAGGAGAGAUUGAUGGACGGCCUGUCGUCGUGGUCGACACCCCCGGCUUGUUUGACACGACUCUGUCUGAUGAGGACGUUCAAGAGGAGCUGGUGAAAUGCAUCAGCUUGUUGUCUCCUGGACCUCAUGUGUUCUUACUGGUGCUGCAGAUCGGACGCUUUACACAAGAAGAAAAAGAUUCUGUGAAGCUCAUCAAGAAAUGUUUUGGGAAGAAGUCUUCAGAUUUCAUCAUCAUCAUAUUCACCAGAGGAGACGAUCUGGAAAAUACAACCAUUGAGAGUUACAUAGAAGAAGGAAAGGAGGAUUUUUUGACAAAACUCAUAAAUGACUGUGGAGGAAGAUACCUGGUCUUCAACAACAACAACAACAACAACCAGACAUACCACAUACAAGUCAGAGAUUUGAUGAAGAAGACCAACCAAAUGAGGAAGGAGAAAGGAGGUGGCUGCUUCACCUCAGAGAUGUUCCAGGAGGCCGAAGCAGCAAUACAGAAGGAAGUGAAGCGAAUCAUGAAGGAGAAAGAAGAAGAAAUGCAGAGACAGAAGGAGGAGCUUCAAAGAAAACAUGAAGAAGAAAUGACAGUAGUGAAGAGAAGAAUGGAACAAGAGAAAGAAGAAAUUGAACAAGAGAGAAGCAAACAACUUAUAGAAAUGAAAGAAAACAUCGACAAGGAGCGAGAGGAGAGAAAGAAAGAAGAGGAAAAGAGAAAAGAGGAGGACAGGAACAGGACAAGGCUAGAAGAACAACAACAACAAGAGUGGGAACAAACACUUGGAGCUCUGGAGAAAAGAAUACAGUCAGAAUCAAAAGAAAAGGAAACAAUUGACAGAGAGUUGGAGAAAAGUAGUGAGAAGAUGAGAAAGCAACAAGAAGACUGGGAGAAGGAAAGAAACGAGUGGUGGAAGAAACGACAUCAAGAAAAUAAAAAGAAACGACAUGAGGAGCAAACUAAGCUCACAGAGCUGCAAGAAAAAUACGAACGAGAAAUAGAACAACAUCAAAUCAAAAGAAAAGCAGAAGAUCUAAGCAGAACAGAACAGGAGGAGGAGGAGAGGAAAGAACUGGAGGAAAAGUACAAGAAGAAACUGAAGGAAAUGAAGAGUGAAUAUGAAGAGGAGGCAAGGAAACAAGCUGAAGAGUUCAAUGACUUCAGACAGAAAUACAACAAGGACUUCACAGCGCUGGUGGAGAAGCACAUGGAGGAAAUACUGGAACUGAAGAAAAGAAAGGUUCAGUGA